AUUUUCUUUCUCCGUCUCUCUUAUCUCUUUAUUCGUUCUCUCUCCCACUGUUUCUUCUCUGGUAAUAACCAACGAACGAACGAACGAAACGAACGAAACAGCGACGACUGCUUCGGCUCGAACCUAUAGCCGACACAUCUCUUUCUCCAUCUCCGUCUCGGCGCCGGCACGAAUCUGGACGAUAUUUCGGUCUCCAUGGCCUCCAAAUCCGUCUGGAGGAUUCUAUUAAUCGUUUGAUCCGGCUAGGGUUAGGGUUUUCGGUUGGGAGUUUGAUUUGCUGAGCUCUGUGCGUGUUCGUGGUUCUAGUCUUGGUUUGUUUUUUGGGGAAUUGGUUCAUACGGGGGAGGUUGGCGUGGGUUAAAGGAUAAUGUGUAUAUUGUGCGUGAUUCAGAAGUGGUCUCGUCGGGUUGCUACCAUGCUUCCAUGGUUAGUGAUUCCACUCAUAGGGCUGUGGGCUUUGUCUCAGCUGUUGCCACCGGCUUUCAGGUUCGAGAUUACAUCGCCCAGGCUGGCUUGUGUCUUUGUGCUCUUGGUGACCCUUUUCUGGUAUGAGAUUUUGAUGCCCCAGCUGUCAGCUUGGCGGGUGCGUAGAAAUGCACGGCUUAGGGAGAGGGAGAGGCUUGAGGCUAUUGAAUUUGAUAAACUUCGGAAGACAGCCACGCGCCGCUGCCGCAACUGUUUGACUCCUUACAGGGAUCAAAACCCAGGUGGAGGUCGGUUUAUGUGUUCAUAUUGUGGGCAUAUUUCAAAGAGGCCAGUUUUGGACUUGCCUGUUCCGCCAGGAAUGCGAAUUACUAAUGCUGGGAUUAUCAAGGAUUUGGUGGGCAAGGGUGGUAAAAUACCAGGUGGGAAGAUGUGGUCUGAUAAUGGUUGGAUAUGUGGGCAAGAUUGGCUGGAGAAUGGGAAUUGGGUUGGUGGCUCUUUUGUGGGUAAAUCUUCUUCCUGGCGGAAGAAUGCAGGUGGAUUUUUUGUUGGCAAUAACCAGUGUUUGGCUGAGAAAUCCUAUUCAGGUGUUGUUUUUUCUGCCUGCAAGCUGUUAACUUCAUUUUUCUUGAGCAUCAGGUGGCUUUGGAGAAAGAUAUUUAGAGUUAGCACAUCUAGGGAUGAUGCUUCAUCUGAUGCUGAACGCAGGGGGAUGUUAGCUAAGAGACCUGAGAAUGGUGUAAAUUUUCACGAGAGUAGAGGGGAGAAGGCUCGCCGAAAAGCUGAGGAGAAGAGACAGGCUAGGAUAGAGAAGGAGCUUUUGGAGGAGGAAGAGAGAAAACAGAGGGAGGAGGUUGCAAGGUUGGUGGAAGAACGCCGGAGACUCAGAGAUGCAAAGUUGGAGGCUGAAAAAGAUCGUAGUAAAGGAUCUGCUCAUGCCAAGGAGAAAGAUAAUAGGAAGGAAGCAGAGAAGAAGCGCCAGGAAAGAAAGAAGGAAAAGGACAAGGGGUCUAGUAAGAGCAACUCUGAUGCAGAAGAACUUGAAAAAAAAGCAUGUAAGGAAAGUGAGAAGAAACGCGAGUUUGAAAGAAAGAGUGAGAUUGAUCGACAAGAAAAUCAGAGAAUUGGGACAGAAAAUGUCAAGGGCCAUGGCACCGAAACGGGGCAUGGGUCAAAGAGUAUCACUACAAACAGUUAUAACAGGGGAAAUGCUGGAACUAGGUAUCUAGAUCGUAUGAGGGGUACUUUUUUAUCUCCUUCUAAAGCAUUUAGUGGAGGGAGUUUCUUUGGAAAGGGUGCUAGUACUGCUGCUACUGUUUUGAAAGAAAGCAAGGCUAAUGGUUUUAUAGAUCAUGUCCAAGCUUCUGCCAAUAGGAGAGAUUUGUGUCCACCCGACCGUGUAGCUGGGAAAUUAAAUAUGAAUGGAGAUGAUAAAAAUAUCCCUCGUCCUGUGCUGUCAGAACCACAGCCAAUAACGGCACCUAGAAAGUCAUGGCAGCAAUUAUUUCGGUCAUCAGCUGUUGCCCCAUCCUCUAACGUGAAUGUCAUAAGCAGACCAAAUGUUAAGUUCCAAGCAGAAGUUCAAAGCCCACAGUUAGGGGGCCAACCAUCAUUAACACAAUCAUAUGAUAAUCCUAUCAAUUUUGGGUUGCCGUCACCAUUUACUCUUCCAACCUUUCCAAGUGGGUCAUCUAGUAGUACUGCAGGGUUUCCUUCUGCAGCUGACUCCAUCUUUCCUCGUGUUGGAGAAGCACCUUGCAAUUUUUUACCAGAAGACCCAGACAUUUUUGAAGACCCAUGUUAUGAUCCAGAUCCUGUGUCAUUGCUUGGGCCUGUUUCAGAGUCACUAGAUAAUUUUCAGUUGGACUUGGGAGCUGGUUUUGUAAGAGACAUUGGAUUUGAAAGGCCUCAUGCUCUAAAGAAUAUAGCUGCUUCUUCUGAAGCGAACAGGCCUUCGCCAAUUGAGUCGCCAAUAUCACGAUUGCGAGCUUCUGAUGAAAGGCAAGCUCAUUCUAAUCGGUUCCAAAAUACCCCAAAGUCCCAGCAUGUGCACCCUUUCUCUAUGGAUGAUUCAUGCAAUGGAAAUGACAAGGGAACGUGGCAGAUGUGGAAUACCUCUCCUCUUGGUCAGGAUGGUCUUGGUUUGGUUAGUGGAACAGCCAGCUGGCUUUUAUCCCCUCCCCCAGAAUCGAACAGAUCAAACAAGGAAGAUAUUGUGCAUUCUCAAUCUCAUAAAACCAUGGCAUCACUGUUUGCAAAGGAGGACCAAGUCCUUCCUGGCUCACAUUCUCCUCAGAAUAUUUUUCUUAGCAAUGGCCAAAACAAUGGGAUGUUUAGUCCUGUUACUGGUUCAAGUGAUCAUGAUCCAUGGUUGCAGAAUACUUUCUUUCAGCCUCUGUCAGGUGGUGAAAACCCUUUCUCUCUCAAUCCUCAGGAGGAAACUGCUCAGAAUGAAGUGGUUUAUGGGAGUCCGAGUGGAUCAGUGGCAAGCCAUCCUUUUGACCUUUCUCCAGGCAAUUGUUGGUCCAACAGAAAGGAGUGGGCAGUGCAAGGUUCAGGGGAAGGAGCAGUUGGGAACUCAUCUGUUACAAGGCCCCAUAUUGGUGGCUUAUAUUCCACCCCAGAUGUACAGUCACUUUGGUCAUAUGAUUGAAAAAAAGAGUUACAAAGUGGCAAGAGAGACUUAUGAGGGACUUAAAAUUACACUUGUUCUCAAAAAGAGGCAGAAAAAAAAAAAAAAAAAAAAAAUCCACCACCAUCCCCACCGCGCAGAGGAGCCGUUAGAAAAAUAUUGAAUGCAUUGUAUCUUCCUUCUCUUCUUCUUUGAAGGGAGAUUGAUGUUUGGUUGCAUGGAUAGAAAGUACACCAGUGGCAUGCAAUGCACCUACUGCAUAAGGUAAAUGGCUAGGUUUCGCGAGUUAUAUA